AUGUCUGAGUUCCGGACACCAUCAGAAACCCGCAGGCCGCGACGGCAUCGCGUUUGUUACAUUCCAGAACAGAUCGACAAAACCGCUCUCACGAGUCCACCAACAACGCGAAACAACCCCGUCGCCUUGAUGUGCCGAGACGUGCGGACCUUGACUGGCGUCUUACCGCUUCUACCAAACCUUUUUCGGCCGUUUUCCACCGGCCGAAACACCGAUGAGCUGAGUUUGAAAGGCCGAAAUUCGAUCAAUCUCGUAGUUUUGGUAGUCGUGACCGUCUUGGAGUCCUUGGUCUUUACUCUGAUGAGCCUGUCGUAUUGGGUGCUUCCUGGAUUGCUCAGUAUUCCUGUAGCUGGGCUCCUCCUAGGGCUAGUCUGGCUGUUGUGUGCUCCGUUGCGUGGGCCGGAUAUUGUAUAUUCGAGCCUGGAGGGUGACAAUAUCAUAAACGCAGCGAGACGGAAAAAAGAACGCUGGGUCUUUGUUAAUGGAAUUCUUCAAUCUCAUUACGGGCUCAAGCAGAACUGUGACCGCCUUGCAGCAAUUUUUGGCCGUCCUAUAAUUGGCAUACACAAUGCCACGUACGGACUCGUUGGUGACCUGCUCGAAUGCAUUAUCCAACGAUCGUUUUCAUUCAAUACCUAUAGCAUCCGAUUUACCUAUGAUCAGGUAAAGGCGUUCUUGGUCGAUCCAACCGUUCACAAGGUUGUCCUCAUCGGUCAUUCUCAAGGAGGGAUUAUCUUAUCCAUGGUCCUCGACCUGCUGUUCACGGACGUUCCUGCAGAGAACAUGGCAAAGCUGGAAGUAUACACGUUUGGGUCGGCGGCAUCUCAUUUCAACAAUCCUCUCCGUGCAAUUAACCGUUGCUCUAGUACUGCUCGCACCGGGGUGAUACCAUAUAUCGAGCAUUAUGUCAAUAGUGAAGACCUUGUUCCUAGAUGGGGAGUUUUGUACAAUGUUCGCACAAUUUUGGAGAAUAGAUUUGCCGGCAAAAUUUUCAUCCGCAUGGGUGCCACGGGUCAUAUGUUAAACCAGCAUUACCUGGACUUCAUGUUUCCUCCCCUCGAAGCUCAACAUAAUAACGAGGAGCUAGGGUUUUUAGACCAGGUCGUUGAGGUGGAUGAAGCAACGCCAGACGCACGAGACCAGUUCGCCCACCGGGUAUUGAAUGUUCCUGCGAGGGCAUGUUUUGCGGAGAACGGCCGUUGCAUGUCAAUUAAUGAGGAUAUAGUUAGCACCGUGGGAACGACUUUCAAAACCGUUCGCGAAAUUAGCAGGCUCUGGAGAUAUAUGGAAGGGAACGACCCGGAUGACUUGGGGGGUUGCCCAUGCGUCAAUUAA